UUCCCAAGACUUCCGGGAACGGUUGAGAAACAGACCAGUUUGGGGUAUGAGAAGUCAAUGAUAUAAAUUAAAUAUUCUUCCUUAGCUGUUGAUUUUCUCAAAAUCUAAAGAUACAACCUAGAUUAGAUCCGAUGUCUUAAGUAGUUGGGCAUGUUAGUACUCCAAGCUCGUGAAAGUGACAAACUGAAACGUUUUCAUUUUCGUCAAAAACAACGUUAUAUCGACGAAGUGUCGUUGAUUUGACGGCCUGCACAUGCGUAGUUCGGCACGAGACGACUGUUGUUGACCAUGGCCUGUUUCUACGCAUGAGUUUAGUGAGCCAACGUCGCCAUCACGUCGCCUACAAGUGUGGUCUGGGAUUUAUACUGAAGAAGCAGUUUUAGCCUAUCUCCAUAGUGUACUGUCUUUGAUACGGUCAUUGCUUUUUACGACUUGACUGACAGGGAUGAAGAGGAUAACAUUGCCCUCGUAGAACAGCUUCACACAGUGGGAUCAGUCCAGCGACGAGGGCAGAAAAGUGCGUGGCAUCCUCUUCGGGUCUUCAACUGCCAUUAACGGAAUAAAAACUGCCAUUGUAUCUUGUUUUGCUUUAACAGACGUGAUGAGUGGCAGGGUUGGCGACCUAAGUCCGAAGCAGGCUGAGGCAUUGGAGGAGCCAGGAACUUCAAUGUCAAUAAGUCAGAAGCCAUGCUUCGAAAGACCCAACACACCUCCAGGCUGUGUAAGGGAUAUAUACCAAGAAGGAGAGUGAUGGAGUGCUGCAUCAGAUGAUCUGGCCUCCACAAUCCCCUGACCUCAACCAAAUUUAGAUAGUUUGGGAUGAGUCGGAUCGCAGAUUGAAGGAAAAGAAGCCAACAAGUGCUCAGCAUAUGUGGGAACUCCUUCAAGACUGUUGGAAAAGCAUUCCAGGUGAAGCUGGUUGAGAGAAUGACAAGAGUGUGCAAAGCUGUCAUCAAGGCAAAGGGUGGCUAUUUGAAGAAUCUCAAAUAUAAAAUAUAUUUUGAUUUGUUUAACACUGUUUUGGUUACUACAUGAUUCCAUAUGUGUUAUUUUAUAGUUUUGAUGUUUUCUAUUAUUCUACAAUGUAGAAUAUAGUAAAAAUAAAGAAAACUCUUGAAUGAUUAGGUGUUCUAAAACUUUUGACCGGUAGUGUAUGUAAAUGAGAUUAUUCUGUAUUUCUUUUUCAAUACAUUUUCAGGCUGUAACACAACAAAUCUGGGAAAAGUUAAGGGGUAUGAAUACUUUCUGAAGGCACUGUAUACGUUUUUUAUCAACUGUAAUAAUCGAAAAGGCUGAUGUCAGGAACUGAUGUCAACACUCUUACUUUGAAAAUACAGGCCCAGAGUAGUGCUGUAUGCCGGGUUCAGAAGCCCUGGCCUAUUUCUUAGUUCUGAGUGAUUACUGCUUUAUGAGCACCUUGACUUCAGGAAACACAUGAAAGCAGACACAAUCACCACAGAAUGGCAGCCUCCAGAGGUUAUUGAGAAGUACCUGUCUGGUGGGAUGUGCGGGUUCGACCGGGAGGGAAGCCCCAUCUGGUGGGAUGUCAUCGGCCCUGUGGACCCCAAGGGCCUCUUCCUGUCUGCCUCUAAACAGGACUUCAUCAAGUCUAAGAUCAGAGACUGUGAGAUGCUGCAGAAGGAGUGUGACCUGCAGUCUGAGAGGCUCGGGAGGCAUGUGGAAGCCAUCACUAUGAUCUAUGACUGUGAGGGGCUGGGUCUCAAACAUUUGUGGAAGCCUGCCAUCGAUACUUACGGAGAGAUCCUGACCAUGUUUGAGGACAACUACCCUGAGGGCCUCAAGAGACUAUUUGUCAUUAAAGCCCCCAAGCUCUUCCCCGUGGCCUACAACCUCGUCAAGCACUUCCUUAGUGAGAUCACCCGCAACAAGAUCAUUGUCCUGGGUGCCAACUGGCAGGAGGUGUUGCUGAACUACAUAGACCCAGAGCAGCUUCCUGCUGCGUACGGAGGGAAACUCACCGACCCGGACGGGGACUCUCGCUGUAGGACCAAGAUCCACUAUGCUGGGACAGUGCCUACGUCCUACUAUGUUCGUGAGUCAGUGAAGGUGGACUAUGAACAGUGUCUAACUGUCAGCCGUGGCUCCUCACAGCAGCUAGAAUAUGAGAUCCUCUUCCCUGGCUGUGUGCUCAGGUGGCAGUUUUCUAGUGAUGGGGCAGACAUCGGCUUUGGGGUGUUUAUGAAGGGGAAGAUAGGAGAGAGGCAGAAUGCAGGGCAGAUGCAGGAGGUGGUUCCCAGCCAGAGAUACAACGCGCACCUGGUGCCCGAAGACGGCUCUCUCACCUGCAGCGAGCCUGGGGUCUAUGUGCUGCGGUUCGACAACACCUACAGUAUCUUCCAGUCCAAACGCAUCAGCUUCACCGUUGAGGUCUUGCUCCCAGGCCAAUCUCAGUCUCCGAAAAAACGGGCUGGCUCACAAGUGGAGGCCAGCAACCAAUCGCAGUCUCCGAAUAACCAGGGUGGGUCAGAAUCUGGGGCCAGCAGCUAAUUGUGACAGACGUUACUGAGCUAGAUAGAGCUAGUCUCAGCCCCGGCCAUGGUCAGUGAAGUCAGACCUGAAACCACUGAAAUAGACUCCAAUGAUCAGCACUGAGGUACUUCAUCUGACAAUGGGCCAUUGUGCUGCUCACGAAUGAAGGUAUGUAGCUCUGGUCCAGUGCAUUACAUGCGGCUUGCUGAUGCUGAGACUUCUACAUCUGCAAGCCACACGCAAUGCCCUGGGCCAGAGCUAGAAUGUACAAUGAAGAGAAACAAGUCCACAACUCAGGGUUCCUGGAGUAGAGGAGAUGUAUUCAAACACAGACUGAAACAACUGAUUUACUUUCUACAAUAAGUGUAUGGCUUUUAAAUAUAUAUUUUAUUUUAAAGACCAGGAAGUAUAUUAUAUGUGAAUGUCAUUGAUCCAGGGUGUAUUAUUUUGCAAUGCUGAGAGCAGAGCAGCAAGACCUCAGGAGAUAUUUAUUUCGUCAACACUCCUCUAUAUAACCAUCUGUUCAAGUACAAUCCCUUUUCCGUGGCAACAACGCAUUAUGGGCAUCACCCUGUCUUUCUCUCUCUCAAGCACUGGGUGAAUUUCAAGGUUUUUCCCUUGAUUUCUCAUGUCCUUGAUUCCUCACCUUCUUCUCAAAAGGAAAGGAAUAAGGAAAUACUUUUGAGAUGUACCCUCUCGCUCUCAAUCUUUCUUCUUUCUGUCAUGAUUUAUGAGUCAUGACAAAAUUAGGCCAUUUUGAGUAUGCCUUUACUUUUCAAAAUCAACAUAGUUCUGUUCAAAUGAAUAUGUUGACAUACUGGUAGUUUUAUUUUCAGGGAAAACAAAUCUAUAUUUUGUCUUUUAAUUGUUAGAACAUGAAAGGCAAGAAAUCUUUGAGAAUGCUAAUAUCCACUGUCCAAAAUCUGUAUCAUUAAGCAUUAUUGCAGUAGAAUGACAUUCCAUUUUGUUGUGUAAUCUUCAGCACCAGUGUUUUCCUGUAUAGGGUUGCAAUUUGCAAAAUUCCAGUAACUUUCCCAAAAUUCCCAGGAUUUCCAGAAAUCCUGGUUAGUGGUCUGGAUUUCCUGCUUAUUCCCUCCUGAUUCGGUGAAUUCUCCAACUGGGCAAAUUACCGGAAUUUUGCAAACCUUUUCAUGUAUAUCUAUAUGUAACAACAAAAGACAUACAUGGUGUAAAUGCUUGCCUUAAAUACGUCAGUGUGUUUAAAGAAUGUGCAGCACUCAACAAACUGGCCCUUAUGGGCAGUUGAAACACUCAAAAAGCUCUAUUUAUAUGUCAUCUGUAAACUGUACUUAUUGAUUGAAGUCGUCUUCUGCCAGCAUCUGGAUAUUUUGCACAGUGAAAAUCAUGGAAUGUAGCUAGCUAUUAUAGCCUUAUUCGACGUUGGUUUGUGCUCACUGUUCAAUAGAUAAUUUAUGUUACCUUUAUGUAUUUUAGUAAUGAGUAGGGGGAACAGUACCCACUCCGAAACAUUUAAAUUGUUAUCUUUUUGUCAACAUUUGUCAAUCUUUUCUUUAGUUAAAAUUGGAAACAUGUCAUUUAUUUUUGUAGAAUUCAUGUAGUCAGUGCAUAUCUAAUGUAACAGAAACCAAUCUGAGCAUGUUUGAAUCAACUUGAAUGAAUCUCGUCCACAA